GACAACCCCAAAUUUAGUACCGUACGAAACUACGCGACGUCGAAACCGCUUUUACGUCCGCGCUAAUAAAACUCGUUGAAAAUGCAUACAUCAAAAUGGUAGAAUCGCUACAAAUGUUUUUAUUUCUAUUUAAAUCUAAGUACAGACGAAAAUGUUCAUGGUUCUCGCCAUUCCUGUGUUCAGUGCUCAUAGUGUUAUUGUUCUGUGAUGGUGUUCUGUCUAAGUGUGGAGAUCAUACUUGUGUGAACGGUGUUUGUAAAAAUGAUAUGUGCGUGUGUUACGAGGGGUGGCAGGGUCCGGAGUGUCAGUACUGCGGCGGCAAAGUCAAUUUAACAUCACCAACGGGCUUCAUAACAGAUGGUCCGGGUAACUAUAGUGUCAGCACACAAUGUUCCUGGCUGCUCACUCCGCCCAGACUGGGGCCAACCCCCCCACCCCUACGGGUGCGGCUCGAGAGCUUCGCAACCGAGUGCGGGUGGGACCACCUCUAUGUAUAUGACGGUGAUAGCGUUAGAGCUGAGAAAUUACUUGCUGUGUUCAGUGGUGUCUUAGAGAAUGGAGAGUCGAGUUGGACGAGGCAGGUGAUAGCCCGUUCCGGCAGCGCGCUGCUGCACUUCUUCAGCGAUGAUGCGUACGCCAUGGAGGGGUUCAACGUGACGUACGCGGCGUACUCCUGCCCUUCCAACGACCAUAGGACUAAUUGUUCCAAUCACGGCGAAUGUGAAGAUGGGUCGUGUAGAUGUGAACCAGAGUGGACGGGAGUCGCCUGUGAUGAGCCUCUGUGUCCAGAGGAAUGCAACGCAGCGUACGGCGGUGGUACGUGCACCCGUUCCGGGUGUUCGUGCUCGGCCCUGAAGCGCGGCAUAUCGUGCGCACGCGACGCGUGGCGCGCGGGCUGGGCCCCGCCCACUCACAGCGGGGACACGCCCCCUGUCGCCGCGCACGUCUUGCUACCCUACGGAGAUGAUCUAUUAAGGAUUGGAGGGGAAACGUUUGCACAUUCACAUUUUCUUUAUAGAUAUAAGACAGCAGAACAAGAAUGGGAGGUGCUCCCCACGUACGACAGUCCGGCGGCGAGGUUCGCGCACUCCGCCGUGUUGUAUGGACACGAACUCAUCGUGUAUGGUGGAGUCGUCAUAUCUGAUGAGCCGGAGAGAGGCGGUGGCCUGGCAGGAUUGGAAGGUCGUGCAGGAGAAGUCACGAAUGAGAUCUGGCGCGUCCGCCUGAACAGUGAGCGACCACAGUGGCACAAUGCCACGCCAGUCACCUGUUCCCCGCAUAGACAGCCGCCUCUGAAGCAUUGUGGAGGUCUCCACGUGUCUGGUCACACCGCUGUACUGGUCUACCUAGGAGUCACCAAGAAACCCGUGAUGCUGGUGUUCUUUGGACAUUCGCCGCAUUACGGGUACCUACAUUUGGUGCAGGAGUACUACGUGGACGAGGGCGUGUGGGCGGUGGCGGCGACCCGUGGCUGGGCGGCCCGCGCGGGGUUCGGGCACGCCGCGGCCUGGGACCCGCUGUCGCGCCGCGUCUACCUGCACGGCGGGCUCGUCUCCGAGUCCGAGGCCACGCAGGCCCCAUCAGCGUCGCUCUUCGAGUAUGAUCCAGAACUAAGACUGUGGCGCCCUCUACAGUCGGCGCCGACACCUAGAUAUUUACAUACUGCUACGUUUAUUACACCAGGUGUAAUGUUAGUGUUCGGCGGUAAUGCCCACAACGACAGCGCGGCGGCGCUAGUGGCGAGCCCGGCCGCGUCCAAGUGUUACUCCGCCGGCGCGCUACUGUAUGAUGUCAGAUGCGGGGUGUGGUCUGCUGCGGCGGGGCCGGGCGCGGGGGCCCGCGCGGCGCACGCUGCCGCCGCCAUACAUACCAAGGACAGGCGGGCCGUGCUCAUACAUGCUGGAUUCGACGGCCGUCUCCGUUCGGACGCGCUAAUAUUCGAGGCGGGGGAGGGCUGCACCCGCCACACGAGUGAGGCAGCCUGCCUUACUGCCGCGCAACAUACUGCCAUAGCUUGCGUCUGGAGGGCUAGGGAUAGAGCUUGUUUGCCGUUGGAGGAAGUGGGUUGGAAGGAGUCAUUCGACGGCACGGUGAAGGCGUGCCUCACGGAACCUAGGUUUGGUAAGGACGAGGCCCGGUGCGCGCAGGCGGAGUCGUGCGCGGCGUGCACGGCGGCUCGCUGUGCGUGGUGCGGGGCCUGCUACGUCUCCGCCAUGUACUGCGUCAGGCACACGCACCAGAUGGCGCUAUCAAUAGAGGAGUGCGGGUCGGACAGCGAGUCCCCCCGCGAGGCGUGCGGCCGGUACCACUCGUGCGCAGCCUGUCUGGCGCAUCAACACCAUCAUACACAUGGAUCUGAAGAACUAAGCCAGCGGGCUUGUUUUUGGGACUACGACACUAUAAAGUGUAAACCUGUUAAUUCAUCAGAAGAUAUAAGAAGCGUGGCGGCGGCGGGUCCAUGCAGCGCGCCAUGCUCCACGUUCCAGACAUGCGCCAACUGCACCGCGGAGGAGUGUAUCUGGUGCGCCUCCGCGGGACGGUGUGUCGAUAAGAACGCAUACGGCGCAUCGUUCCCCCUGGGGGGGUGCCGCGCGUGGUCGACGUCGAGCGGGUCGGGGGGCGGGGGCGCGUGCGGCGCGGCGCGGGGCUGCGGCGCGCACGUGUCGUGUGCCGCCUGCCGCGCUGAGCCCGCCUGCGGAUGGUGCGACGACGGGACCCAUACGGGCCGCGGGGUCUGUCUGCCGGGGGGGGCGCGCAGUCCACACGCGCCCCGGGUCUGUGCGCAGCAUCGAUGGCACUUCACAGCGUGCCCGGCGUGCCAGUGCAACGGUCACAGCGUGUGCCAGGGGGGGCGCUGCGUGCAGCCGUGCGCGGGCCGCACCGUGGGGGACCACUGCGACCUGUGCGCGCCCGGACACUGGGGCUCCCCCUACAACGGGGGCGUCUGCCAACCGUGCGAGUGCAACGCGCAGGCGGUGGCGUGUGCCCCCGACUCGGGGCGCUGCUACUGCAGCACCAAGGGGCUGGCGGGGGACCGCUGCGACAAGUGCGACAAUACCAACCACUACCACGCCGACAUCUACAACAAGGGCGCCUGCUACUAUGACCUAGCAGUAGACUACCAGUUUACCUUCAACCUAUCUAAGAAGGAGGAUAGGCACCUCUCAGCAAUAAAUUUCCGGAAUGCCCCUGUAAAGCCAGAUGUUGACGCGGACUUCAGUAUAACGUGUUCAGCCCACGCAAGGAUGAACCUCACUGUGAGGACGAGGAGCGAUCCCUCUGAGAGGAUGCUGUUUAGUGAUGUUAAUUGUACUAGUUUUAGGUUUAAAUUCGCGAAGUCAGAGCACGCGUUUGGCGUAGAGGACAACGUGACGCUUACGACGUUUUUCGUCUACGUAUAUGACUUCAGGCCGCCCCUGUGGAUACAGAUAUCGUUCUCUCAGUACCCCAAGUUGAACUUGCAGCAAUUCUUCAUCACAUUCUCCUCGUGUUUCCUGCUACUGUUGCUCGUAGCUGCUGCCUUGUGGAAGAUUAAGCAGAAAUAUGACAUGUACAGAAGACGACAGCGUCUGUUCGUGGAGAUGGAACAGAUGGCGUCGCGGCCCUUCAGCCAGGUCUCCGUCGAGCUGGAGAAGGGGGGCGCCGGAGCGGGCGUCCCAGCUCCGGUGGCGCUGGAGCCGUGCCGCGGGGGCCGCGCGGCCGUGCUGUCGCUGCUGGUGCGGCUGCCGACGGGCGGCACGGGCCGCGCGCCGCCGCUGGGCGGGCUGGCCGUCGCCUCCGCGCUCGUCACGCUAGGGCACCACGCCGCGCCGCUGCCGCACCACAAGCGGCCCAGGCAUCACUGACACGAUACAAACACCAUUUGUAUAUAGACAAUGUAUGUAUGUACUGUACAUAGGACACACGUAGUGCAUUGCUCAAAGUGUAACGUUUUGUAAGUAAAUACUCAGUUAUUGUAUUCGUAUGACAUUAUGAGCCCGAUGGUCGACAGAUGGCGUGAUACAUAAAUUAACAUGGUAAUUUUUUAGCGAUACAAUUUAUAUUUUGUUUUUUGAUUUGGUGUUUAAUUGAAACUGGAUUUUCAGGCAUUUUUUGUUGUAUAUGAAAAUGUUUUUUAUUAUUAUAAUUGUUUUGACUCACUCCCUACGGACUCGGACUAAUAAUAAAUGGUGGAAAGUGUGUGUACAUUGGCCUACCCCUUCGGGGAUAAAAGGCUUGACGUUGCAUUCUGUCAUCUGUUACUCACGUAAACUGUAUUCGAAGAAGUUCGACUAGUUUCAAACUAUGAUUGGGGCUCACAAUCAUAAGCAGUAAGCGCUGUGAACGACGCCGGCGUCGCUCAGUUUUUUUUUUAUAUAACUAUUUCUAAUCAAAGCUGAUGUUUGAUCCAAUCCAGUUUCGAUUAAACACACAUUUCUAAGGUACAGAUACAAAUUAGAUAUAUUUUGUAGUGUUAAAAUACGUGAUAAUUUAUUUAAAAAAGUAUAUAAGUAGGACGCUUAAUGAAUAACGCUGAUUUUCUAACUGUUACUAGAUAAGUAAAAAUGGUAUAAAUAAAAAGUAAAUAAUGAUAAAGACUGCUGUUUCAAAUUAAAGUUGUUGAUUCUCAAGUUAGUGAUGAAAAAAUGCAUUUUUCGAUAAAAUUGUGUCGCUAAAAAACUGAUUUAAGGGUCUAAUGUUAGUAAUGGGAAAUAUUUUAAGAGGUUUAUGAGUUGAAUCUUGUCUCCUUGAUUUAUUUUUGUUAAAUAGUCAAAAUAAUGUAUUUUAUUUUAUUAAAAAUUCAUUUCAUUCUAGAUCACUUUGGAAAGUAUUUUUUAAGAAUUUGUCAGCAAUCUAUGUUCUAAUAACAGUACCCUUAGUACGAGUUUCCUUUACGUUAAACGAAACCGAAACGAGAGCGCGUUCGGCACUUUGAUUGGUUGGUUCAUUCGCGCCGAACAAUCAAAGUGCCGGUCACUCUCUCGUUUCCUUUAACGUAAAGCAAACUUAUACAAAGGGUACUGUUUAUUCUAUAGAUUAAACGAUGAUUUUCAAGCCAUAAUAUUGGUAAUGUUUAACCUCCAAAAACAUGUAAAAUAAGCUAAUCAUUCAAUAAAAAUAUUUGUAUUGUUUAACCUCCAAAAAUGUGUAAUGAUAGACCUCUUAAAAUAUUCCCCAUUACCAACACAAGUACCUAAACAAAACACACACAUACACACACGCGAAACCCAUAAACGGCGUCAUAAGUAUAAAUGAAUAUAAAAUAAAACAAAUUUUGUAUAAAAAUGAAUACAUAUAUAAAAAAUAAUUAGUAGUUAUGUAAGUAACGGUUAACUUAACACUUCCAUUAUAAAAGAAGUUGCCAAAAUACUCUAAUGUGACACUUUAAAACGUUACGCACGUUUAGUAUGCUAGUUACUGAUGCAUUGGACGUAUGUAUGCACUUUCGAUGUGUGGGGAGAUGGCGGUUUAUUGUAAAAGAAAUAGUAUAAUUUUUGGCUUGAGAAAAUGUGAGACUAGAAGAAAUUUCUUAGGCUAGUUUCCUACUAGUCAAAGUCUAUGAAUUUUGUGUGAAAUAGUGCUUUAUGGCGUCAUCAGAUUUCUACAUCA